AUGGAAGCAUUUGUGGGAAUUCUCGUAGAUACUUUGAAUUCCAUGAUCCAGAAGGAGCAUGGAUUGCUUUGUGGCAUUGCAACUGACAUGCAAAAGCUUUCAAGCUUGCUCUCCGCCACCAAGGCAGUGCUUGAAGAUGCUGAGCAGAAGCAAUUCACAGACAAGGCAAUACAAAUCUGGUUUCAGAAGCUCAAUAGUGUUGCCUAUGAAAUAGAUGACGUAUUGGAUGAUUACGCAGCUGAGCCUCAAAGGUCAAGAAACUCAGAGUUUCAUGGCAGGAUUGGGACAAGGAUGAAGGAGAUCCUUGAAAAAUUUAAUGCAAUAGCUGAUGAGCGGAUAAAGCUUGGUUUGUGUGAUCAGAAGCAUGGGAGCUAUUUCAAUGCAAGCCGUGAGACUGGAUCCAUGGUAACUGAACCUGAAGUUCUUGGAAGGGACGAGGAAAAAGAGCAGAUUGUACACAUCUUGAUGAAAGAAAAGGAUAGAGAGGAUCAAAAUGUAUCAGUGCCCCCUAUAGUGGGUCUUGGAGGCCUGGGAAAGACAACACUUGCCCAAUUGAGAAAACUUCAAGGGUUGUUGAGAGGGAAAAGAUACUUGGUUGUACUGGAUGAUGUCUGGAAUGAGAAUCCAGAGGAAUGGGAGAAACUGAAAUCUGUUCUGGAAUGUGGAUCGAGAGGCAACGGGCAUUGUCCUCAAGAGGCUGAAGAAUAUCCUAACCUUGUAGUUAUCGGAAAAGAGAUUGUGAAAAAAGGUGGUGGUGUUCCGCUGGCUGCAAAGGCUCUUGGAGGCUUUCUACGAUUUAAAAGGGAAGAAAAUGAAUGGAACUCCGUGAAAUGCAGUGAAAUUUGGAACUUACCUCAAGAUACAACAUAUAUCUUGCCGGCGUUGAGAUUGAGCUACCUUAAUCUUCCAGUAGAGUUGAGAGGUUGCUUUGCAUAUUGUGCAGCAUUUCCCAAGGGCUAUGGAAUUGAAAUAGAAGAGGUAAUACAUUUGUGGAUGGCUAAUGGAUUGAUUUCAUCUAAUGAAACGAUGGAAGUGGAAGAUGUUGGUGUUGCUGUGCUGACUGAACUAUAUUAUAGAUCACUAUUCCAAGCAGUAGAGGAAGAUGAAUUUGGCAAUGCCCUCACUUUUAAAUUGCAUGACCUUGUCCAUGAUCUGGCUCGAUCAGCAAUGGAGGCUAAUGACAGUCCUAAUCAAAUGGGAAUCUAG